AGCAAUUGGCAGAGCAGUUCAGCCGCGACGUCGACGUCACCCACACUCUUAUUACUCAUAAGUCUGUUGUGUGUCGGGAGGCCUCUGCUAUAAUUAUUAACCAUAAGGAGACGUUUUUCUUCGAUUACACCGUCGCGUUUGUCCCGUGUUUGGCAUUGACAAGAGACAUCGUCCGGUGGUCGGUUCAGUGACCUCGACGGAGUACAGAUCGCCCAUUGACUGCUGCUGUGUGUGUUCGUGUUUGGAAAAGCGGAGGACGCUCAGGCAGCGCAAGCAUCAUCAUGUCAUCGUCGGGCGACUUCGGCAACCCUCUGAGAAAGUUUAAGCUCGUCUUUCUCGGCGAACAAAGUGUUGGAAAAACAUCGCUCAUAACGAGGUUCAUGUACGACAGUUUUGAUAAUACUUAUCAGGCAACUAUAGGAAUAGACUUUUUAAGUAAAACUAUGUAUUUAGAAGAUAGAACUGUAAGACUGCAACUUUGGGAUACUGCCGGACAAGAACGUUUUCGUUCUUUGAUUCCUAGCUACAUCAGAGAUUCAACUGUUGCUGUUGUUGUUUACGAUAUUACUAAUGCAAAUUCUUUUCAUCAAACAUCAAAAUGGAUUGAUGAUGUGCGAACGGAACGAGGAAGUGAUGUAAUCAUCAUGCUUGUUGGCAAUAAAACAGAUCUUAGUGAUAAGCGCCAAGUCUCCACUGAAGAAGGUGAACGCAAGGCAAAAGAACUGAAUGUAAUGUUUAUUGAAACUAGUGCUAAGGCUGGCUACAAUGUCAAACAGUUAUUCAGGAGAGUAGCAGCUGCCUUACCUGGUAUGGAUUCAACUGAAAAUAAACCUCCAGAAGACAUGCAAGAAGUAGUACUGAAGGAUACACCCAUUGAACUGAAUUCCUCUGAGAGCAAUUGUGCAUGCUAGAAUAAUGCUGCUCCAUGGUUGUUGACGAUUUUUACGAAUAUUAUAUGCGUGACAGGUACUUGUUAUCGUCUCGCGAGAAAAAAAAUGCAAUUUAUAGACUUACGAUAUAUAAGCGGAAUGUUUUUUGAGCUCAAUUAUUAAUAACAAAGAGUUUUUACUGCCAAAAACGCUUUUGUUCAGACAAUCGGUCGUAAUUUUACGUAUAACCACGAUUUUAAGCAUCUCUGUUGAUCAUGUAUGAAUAUUCGAGUCUAUUGUUGCCACGUUCCUCGAAGUAUAUAAUUCUAUUUUCACUGAUAAAGUUGAUUGAUUUUUUUGCAAAUAUUAUGGAUGGUUCUAAAGUUAUUAUCACGCGUUAUAGUUAUAGCAAUAAUAGCAAUAAUUACACAUAUUUUAAAUGAAAUGGUGCAUUUUUCGCGCGGUAUCAGAAUAUUAACUUUUAAGCUAUUGAUAAUUUGACUUCAAUGAGAUUUUCAGAGAGUAAGGGUAUAAAUCAAAAGCGUCAGUGAAUUUUAAAUAGAACUAUCGGUUUUACUGAUGAUUGAGCUUGCGUAAAAAAACUUGACUGUCUAAGGAUAGAAUUACUUAUGAUACUAAAAGCGUUCAACUUAUCGAGAGAGAGAGAAAUAUAUUUAGACGAUUCGAUGCAUCGGCUAAGAGAACAUUAACUAACGAAAUAAAAAAUACUUAUACUUUAAUUUGUAUAUAACGAUCGUGAAAAAAUUGAGAAAUUCUAUAUUUUCU